AUGGUGAGGGCGGGAAAGGUCGGCAAAGGCUUUACGCCCCGGCCCACCCACGAAGACCCCAGCGAAAAAGAAACACAAGAGGAAAAUAUUCCACUUGGGCUUCAGAGACUCAAAGAGUGGUGGAGUGCCUUUUUGAUACAACGGGCUUGGCGCAGAAGCAGACAGAAAGCCGCUGACGACGACUGGGGAAGCAGGGAGUUCUCGGGAAGCAAACUAGAGGCGCAGAACACCGCUGAUGAAAGCAGUCUGCUGUCAAAGGCAGAAGCUCUAAACUACGCCAAAAAAAACGACAUCAUUCGGCUGCUGAAGGUACAUUUGGUCUUCAAGGCCUCAACGGAGUAG